CACAACCAGGGAUCUCUUUCCUCUAAUAUCGGGUUUCAAGAUCGCUUCCACUACUUAAUGCCGCCUUGACAACAUCAGACCAGCAUCGUCGAAACUAUGGCGUCAACCGGCCCCUCCAAAUCCCCAGCAGCUCGCCCAAACACGAUACGCGCGCCUUCCUUCACUCGCCAGAGCGAAGACAGCGAUCCUCUCCGAGUCCCGAAACGAGCUCAAACAUUCCAGAAUGGCACUGCGGCCGACCCGUUGACGGCGACGACAACGACGCCGGUCGUCGCCAGCAAGGUCCAGCAGAAGCCAGCAGACGAGCCCGAGGGUCCUGAUGCUUUCGAGACUGCCGGAAGGCCGUCAACAGAUAACGACGAUGGGUUCGACGGCAGAGGCUCUGUGGACCUGGGCGAGCUUCCAAUUGAGCUAGUUAGUCUGACUGACAGCUUCGUCGAGACUCUCAGCUCCAAAAGUCACCCCGCGCCUUUGACCAUUGACAAUGUUUCUGCAUUAUUCCAGAGUUUCUACGAAACCGCAUCUACACACGUCAACACACACAUCUCUAGUCUGAUCACACGGCAUAAUCGGGAUGCAUCGCCUGCGCCGUCCGCGUCAUCCAAGGUCUCCACAGCUAGCAGGCUUCGAGCCAAGGCGGCUUCCCUCGGAAGCAAGGAUAAACCCAAAAAUCUCCCUAAACCAGAGCCGGAGCAGCAGAUGAUCACCGCCGAAGAACUCGCCAACAAGAAGAAGGCGCGCAAAGCAAUUGAAGCCAAGCGUGGCAUCAUCGAGGAGGCAGUGGAGCGCAGGCUGUGCGAAGGUAUUUACGACAAGAUCUACCGCCACAAGAGCACCCAGGACGAAGCGCAGGAUUCAAAGCUGCGAUCAAAGACCGCGGCACUCGCGCUGGUCGGCAUUGGACCGGCCGACCUGGGAAUCGAUCUUGGCGACGAUGCGUCUCAGACGCCCGAAACCGCUGCGGAAAAGGUUGAAGAGAUCAAGAAAUCGCUUGAGCAGGCUAGGAGAGACUUGAUUCUCAUGAAUGAGAAGCGAUACCCGCUCGGCAAGGUACACCACUUGAAAGCGGCACACAAGGAUAUUGUCGAGACUUUGGCGCAAUUCCACCCGUCUGCAUCCGCAGAUGAGAUUAUGCCUAUGCUCAUCUUUACUCUCAUCACGCUUCCUCCUGAGCAUCUCAACGUUAUUAGCGACCUGCACUUUAUUCAGCACUUUAGAUGGGAGCCGAAAUUGACGGGCGAGGCUGCAUACUGCUUGACGAACCUGGAGGCAGCCAUCAGCUUCCUGGAGACGGUCGAUCUGUCUACACUGAGGGCCGAUGAGUUGCCCCAGGGUCCUGCCAGAGGUAUGAGCCAGCCGGGUACUCCGCGGGCUGAGACAUUCCCUCCGGCGUUCCCGCCUGGACUGACGGUAACGGCGGAUCCUUCGGUGGAGACCGACUCUGGCAAUGCCACGCCAACGAGACCGCCUGCUUCGCCUUCCGCAUCGGCCGGGCUGCGUGCUGCGGUUCAAGCUCGGAAUAGAAGACUGAGCGAGCUCGUCAACACGCCUGCCCAGGCCAUUGGUGCAGCAAGUGACGCCGUGCUUAACACGGCCGAUCAGCACAUAAAGACCAUCUCGACGAGUUUGGGCGAUAGCUACAAGUUCUUGGUCGGCAAGUUGCGUGAGACACAGGGCACUCCCACCGAAUCAGGCCAGGGGCUCGUCGUGCCUAAGACGCUUGAUGAUGCUCGAAAGUUGAUGAGCACCCCGCCCCCCGAGGAGGAAGGGUCUAUCAGUGGUGCCAGCUCGGUUCAUGGCACCGAGGAGGCCGAAUCUACUCGCCGACCGCCGGUCCGCGAGGACAAGGUUCUAAACCUCAUCGGUGGACGCAAGGCCAGUCGAGAUCACAGCGCAGAUAGCUCGCGAAGCGUCAACAGCUCGAGAAAGGUGCUCUUUGCCAAAGAAGGGGAGAAAGAUCUGCCUACGCCAUCUCCUGGAAACGCAACCAACCCUCUUGACUCAGUGAGGAACUUUGGCAAUUCAUUCUCCCGGUUCUCCGGUAUGAGCAUGAUCAGAGGCCUGAGCCGGACCGCAUCCACGCCCAUUGUGGCGAAGGAAGCACCCAAGGACAUGACCAAGGAUGGCCCGGCUACCAAGGUAGCUGACGGUGGCGACCUUGCAAGCGUACGUACUUUGAUCACACAACAAUGAUAUCAUAUACUGACUUUCGUAGGCCUUCCCGGAUAUUGCAGCUGCAUUGCCGCCCAAGCAGAUACCAAAGAUCAGCCCGCCGAACAAGCGCUUCAUGGAGAUGCAGAACCCUGGCGACCUGAAGAUUGGUGAGGUCCUCGAAUUGCUGCGCGACUAUCGGCGGCUGGCAACUACACUCAAGGACAUGGGGGCCUUUGAGGGGUCCAAGUGAGGAAACGAGAGAGGAGGUUUAGAAGAAACGUGAAGAGAUAAGAUACGGCCUAGACAAAGCUUGCUGCACUCAUUUGUAGGAUUCCUGUGGGAUAUGGAUAAGCAUACUGGACAAUGGCGUUUUGAUUUUUGAUAUUACUGUUUUCAGCAAACAAAAAGUCUGGCAAGCCAUUCUGGGUGAGGAUGGCUUUGCCCGAGCUUGAAGUGCCUACCAAGCAGGGAGAGGGAUGGCAACGUUGG